AUGUCUCUCGUCAUCGUCGUCUCGCUCCUCUUGCUCUGCGCAUCGCAGCCGUCCGUCACGGCGCAGAUGCCAGGUGGGCAGAUCGGCGGCGAGGCGGGUAUCGAGCGAGCCAUGUCUCUUUACCGAAUAUGGGAGGAGGCCUACGGAUUGAAGCACGACGUCCACUUGCCGCCCUCAAAAAUCACCUUGCCGUCCAUCGUGCCGCCCGCUCCGCACCUGGAGGACUGCGAGGCGCUGACAGCGGCGAGGAAGGAGUCGGAGACUCGCGAAGGCAACGGGCAGCCUCGUGUGUGGGCGCGGCCUGUUAAUACCUGCCCCGAAUGCAACCCGCAACCACCAUGGGUGCGCGGAUCCGACGCGGACAACCUACCGUUGACGCGCGUGGCGCAGCGCGAUCUGUGGGAGCACCAGAUCUUCAACGGCCGCUGCGACGGCAAGCGCCUGCUCGUCGUGCCCUGGCCCUCAGCGGCUACCCACGGCGUGGGCUCGCAGGUGGGAGAGGGCGUGCCUUAUGGAAGGGGCCGUGAGAGUCGGAAAGGAAAUUGGUGCACCUUCCUCCCUCCCUCUCUCCCUCCCUCUCUCCCUCCCUCUCUCCUUCCCUCCCUCCCUCCCUCCCUCCCUCCCUCACUCCCUCCCUCCCUCCCUCCCUCCCUCCCUCCCUCCCUCCCUCCCUCCCUCCCUCCCUCCCUCCCUCCCUCCCUCCCUCCCUCCCUCCCUCCCGUUCCCUCUCUCGCGUUUCCCCCUCUCCUUGCACGCACCCACCGGCACCAUCAGAUUCACCUGAUGAGCACUUUCCUGAGCCUCGCCUUGAUCCACAACCGCACACUCGUGCCCACGCCCGGCUCCUACGACCGCGCGCUCUCCGAGAUAUGCAAUUCCACCAGGACAGGCGGCUCGUGGAAUUGCUACUUCUUCCCCAUAGUGAAUCCCGACUGUGAGCGCGUGGUGACAGACAUGAUAGCCAAGAACACCAUGCCCACCCUCUCCUCGGACGAGAAGGGCCACGACCGUGUCUCUGCCUCGGACGACCUUGUCGUUUACCUUAACUCCAGCUGCGACAGGCAGAUGACCUACGAGUCCCGCGCUUCCAAGCUAUGGGGCGAUGCGUACCUGAGGGCUCCGAAUGUGCUGGAUCACAUGGGGGAGCGGCCAUAUGUUAACAAUAUAUACCUCAUGGUGAACUGGUGGCGCUCGCAGGCGACGCGCUUCAUGAUGCGCUGGCCCUCGCCGCACAUGUGCCACGAAACCAACAAGGAGCGCCACAUGGCCUAUGGGCUCCACACCGCGUCGUACCUCUCGCGCUACCUGGAAACGCAGGCGGAGAUCAUACGGGCCGUUGCAGGGAACGCGUCCGAGACAGACGAAUCGAAGAAGCUUGUCGGGAUCUCCACUGGCCCUCCGGGGCCCAUCGAGACUCAAAUAUGGCCUGUCCGGGGCUUCGAGGGGUGCAAUGAGACGUGCACGAGCGAGGCGGAUGCCAAGGCGAUAAAGGAUACUUAUGCAUCGGUGGGGGUGGAGCCGUUUGUGAUGCGGCCUAUCGUGAGUGUGCACGUGCGGCAGAGCGACAAGGGGACUGAGAUGCGCCUGUCGUCGUUCGCCACUCACAUGUUCUUCGCGCAUCGGCUGCGGCGCUUCGUGCCGGACCUGCGAUAUGUGUGGCUCAAUACAGAGAUGGAGUCUGUGGUGAAAGAAUCAGCAUUGUACACUGACUGGAGGUUCCUCUUCUCCUCCAACUUGCGCCAGCCGGAGGAUUCCAGCUCCUCUCUCCGUUCCGAAUACCCGCAGCCUCGGAGGGACCCUACCAUUCGCUUCCUCACAUACGAGUGGCUGGAUCAACCAGGUGGGCUAGGGGACUAUCUCACAGGGCUGGCUACCACCUUCGUAUGCGCCAUGCUCACAAACCGCGCCUUCAUAGUGAAGCAUGCUCUCCUGCCGCUUGCAUUCGAGCCGAACCUCGUUGAUUGGUCCUUCUCACCAGAAAUUCCUUUGGAGCCGGCUCGGAAAAUGUCUAUUGAGGAGGUGAUGCAGGGAUGGAGUGAGGGAGGAGGAGGAGGAGGAGGAGGAGGAGGAGGAGGAGGAGGAGGAGGAGGAGGAGGAGGAGGAGGAGGAGGAGGAGGAGUAGGAGGAGUAGGAGGAGGAGGAGGAGGAGGAGGAGGAGGAGGAGGAGGAGGAGGAGGAGGAGGAGGAGGAGGAGGAGGAGGAGGAGGAGGAGGAGGAGAAGGGGCGGGAGGGCGAGGGGAGGUAGUGCAGGAUGGGGAGGUUGUGGUGCUGGAUCUGAAAAAUAAAUUGGUUGAGCCGGAGGAUUUUUUCGGGCAGUUGGAUAAGGCAAUGAACGCGGAGGGCAAAAAGUGGAGUGAGCGGCUCAAGGACAUGGGCAUGCGGCCUCCCUACAGCUUUGGCUGCAUCCUGCGCUUCCUUCUCAAGUACGCCCCCACUUGGAAACAUGUUGAUGCGCCUGAAAAGGCUGCAUCUUUCUCUCUCUUUCUUUUCAAGUGCGCUCCCAUGGAUACCCGCGUGACAUGCAUAUGA